AUGCAGAGGGUGUCUGCACACUGGAGACUGACGGAUUCAGUCCCAGGUGUGGAGCCCACUGCAGCGCGCAAUGCGAGUUGGUAUCAGGAGGCCGAUGGGUCCGUGAUAGAGGCUGAAGCAUCUAUGCUGGAAAACACUUGUGCUUUCAAAAGUGGCCCUUGUAACCUGCAGGAGAGGAAGCCCAGCCCGGGGAGGGCAGGUCCACCCUGGGGGGAUGCUUUCUGGACAAUCUCCCCCCCCCCCCCCCCACCCGGUAACCCAUCCCUCACAAUCUGGGAUUUCUGGAACCCCUUAGGGCAGUUGGUGACCCAUGCAGAGACCCCCCCUUGGCUCACUUUUCCUUUUUUCUGGCUCCGCCAUCUUUGGGAUGAGGAAGUCUUAAGGCUUGGGUGUGAAAAGCCUUCCUUGCUUUAAGUGGCGCUGUGGUUCCAAAGCACCAGGAGGAUUUUGCAUGUGUUUAUAGGCUGCUGCUUCUGUAUUACAAGUAUGCUGAUUAUAUCAAAGAUCCUAGAGUGCUCCGAAGACCACUCAGGCAGUACCGUCCACGGCGUGGCCUGCUGUGCUCUUUUCCUUAUGGAGCAUCUGAAGCCUCUGAGUCCAUGCUCCAGUUGGACCAUUGGCUAGCAGACGGCCAUCAGAUUCUGUGCAGUUGUUUCCUCCUCUGCCUUUGAGAGGCUCCUGUAGUUUAAGUCUCUGAUACACAUCACCUCAGGAGAGGCCAUUGGCUUCUUCACCAGUGACAUGGACUCUCUGUUGGGGGGUGGUGCUCAUGGCCCCAUGUUGCUGCUUAUGAGCUCAUCACUGUACCAGCUUCACCUUGGCCACGGGAAGUUGCUGCUUGCUGGAAACUGCGAGAUGAACAUGAGUCCCCGGCCUUGUCCCCCUCUCAUCCAGGCCUUCGCCACUGUGGCCACCUUGAAUCCCCUAUGCCUGUCUGUGUUCUUCAUGCAUUUUGCAGUCAAAGGCCUCCCAAAUUCCAAGUCUGCAGUCGAGCGGUUCAAGAGACUUGUCCUCCAGGGGAGCCCUGCUUCCCAGGUCCAAGUGCUGUGGGACCCCAGCAAUAUGCUAAUUUUGGAAGAGGCCACAUUGUCAUGGCAACAGACCUGCUGUGGGGUUGUGAGUGGGGCUCUGGAGCUGGAGAGGGAUGCACACACUUCUGAGGGGGUGGCCAGGGCCAGCGGACAAAGUGGGGAGGCUGGGCCUAGGUUGUACAAGAUCAACCCUUGUGCAGGUGGUGUGGGCAGUGGUGCCAGACUUUCGGCUCCACUAGGCUUUUCACAGCCUUUUGGCAACCACACCUGCCCUGGCCUCAGGACCUUUGCACCUCCCAUUCCCACACCCUGCAAUACUCCUGCUCCAAAUCUUCCUGUGUCUGGCUUUUUGGUUAUUCAGUGGCAGGAUUAUGUCGUCUCGAUGUUUGUCUGUCCUGCCACUUGUCUGUCCUCUGGCUUUGCAGGGGACAGUGUUAGGGACCUGCAGCCCCAUGGGAGUGGCAAGAGCAGUCUCCUGUGGGCCAUCCUGGGAGAGACGUACCUGCUCAAGAGCUUGGUGGGGGUGUAUGCAAGCCUGGCCUAUGUCUCCAUCCCCCGGUAGGCCUGGGUCACCAGGGGCAGUAUUAGGGAGAGCAUCCUCGUAGAGGACCAGUAUGACAAGGGGCAGUGCCGUGCAAGGCGCCCUUCCCGUGACACAGCGGGAAAACCCCCUCUUUUGCUCUGUCUGUGCUGUGGUUGUACACAGUGCAAGCAGUCUCAGAGGCAGAGGAUCAGCCUGGCCUGCGCCAUCUGCUCCAACCGUCAGCUCUACCUGCUGGAUAACACCCUGCUUGCCAUGGACGCUCGUGUGGGAAAGCAUAUCUUUGAGGAGUGCAUUAAGAGGGCUCUCAGGGGGAAGACUGUCGUCCUGGUGACCCGCCAGCUGCAGGUGACUACUGCUCCGGAGCUCUGGCCAGGACUGACAGUGCACAUUCUCAGUGCACUGCUGUUUCAGAUGCUGGAGCAUCAGCUCACAAAGGAGAAGGAUGAAGAAGGUUCCCUGAGCUGGAGCAUCUACCACCGCUGCAUCCAGGCUGCUGGAGGAGUGAUUUUUUGCUGCCUGACUGUCUCGGUGAGUCUGCUUGUGGUGGUGGUCAUCUUCCUCAUGACCUUCAACUUCUGGUGGCUGAGCUGCUGGUUGGGUCAGGGCUCAGGAUGAACCGACUGCAGCCGAGAGAGCAAUAGGCCCACAGCAGACCCAGGCAUCAUACUGGACAAUCCACAGCUGCCCUUUUAUCAACUGGUGAACGGCCUCAGCGCUCUGGUCCUGUCACUGGGGGCCUUCACCAAGGCCACUCAGGGGGCAUCCACAGCCUUGGACAGCAAGCUCUUCAGUAAGGUUUUCUGCUGCCCCGUGAGUUUCUUUGACACAUCUUCAACAGGCUGCUUUGCAGGGGACUUGGAUGAGCUGGACCAGUUGGUCCCCAUUGUCACUGAGGCGUUCCUAUUCCUGCUUUUGUCGGUGAUCACCAUUCUGGUGGUCAUCAGGGUGCUGUCACUGUACGUCCUGUUGAUGGGAGCCAUAGUAGUCAUUGACUGCCUUAGUCAUUACGUAAUGUUCAAAGGAGCCAUCAGUGUAUCUGAGAGACUCCAGCCCCAUAUCCUCACCUCCCUGCGUGGCCUGAGCUCCACCCACAUCUAUGGGAAGACUGAAGAUUUCAUCAUCCAGGACGACGGGGGGCUAGUGGAUGCACAGAGCACCUGCCUGCUGAUGCUCCUCUCUUCCACGCGGUGGGUGGCGCUGAGGAUGGAGACCAUGGCCAACCUGGUAACCUUGGCCGGGGCCUCAUUUGUGGCUUUUGGCAUUUCCUCCGUGCUCCAUUCCUUCCGAGCCAGGGGCUCAGCCUUGAGCUGCAGGGUGAUAAUAAAAAUUCUGAAACCACAGGAUUUGAGGAAACAAGCUCACACCAGGAUGGACGCAGCAGAACAGCUGCAGCGGGGGCCGGCUCAGACUAAGUGCUCCGAGAGGACGCCCACUGUUGAUCCCGUCUCACAGAGAAAGUUCUCUUUGGGUGUGGCUCUCUUCCUCCUGGUGGAGGACUCUGCAGGCCGCAUUUUCAUUGAUAGCGUGGACAUCUGCAGCACUGGCCUGGAGGACCUACGGUCCAAGCUCUUGGUCAUCCCUCAAGAUUUGGUCCUGUUCUUGGGAACCAUUAGGCUCAGCCUAGACCCCUCUGACUUAAGUGGACAGCAGCUCUGGGAUGUCAUGGAGAGGACCUUCCUAACUAAGACUAUCUCCAGGGUCCCUGGGAGGCUGUGUGCAGAAGUGAUGGAGAGUGCUGGCAGUAUCCCUGUGGGGGAGAGGCAGCUGCUCUGCGUUGCUUGAGCCCUGAUUUGUAGCUUCCAGAUCAUCCUUACUGAUGAAGCCAUAGCCUCCAUUGACCUGGAGAACAGUCUGAUCCAGCGCACAAUCUAUGAGGCCUUCUGGGGCUGCAAAGUGCUGGUCAUUGCCCACUUUGUCACCACUGUCUGAAACUGUGACCAAAUCCUGGUAAUCCACGGGAAUGUGAAAGUUGUGGAGUCUGACAGGCCCCAGGUUCUGCAGAAGUAGCCCGGGUCAUUGCUUGCAGCUCUGCAGGCAGGAGCCCACUCUCUGCUAAGCUCAGGAGAGGGCAACAAGAACAUGCAAAUUAUCCCUGGGAAGAACACAGCACCCCAGAUCCUGGAAUACUAUUCUGAGAAUAUGCUGGAGUAUCAAAGAGGUCCAUGGCAUGCAAGAAGGGUCAAGAACCCUCAGCUGAUUCAGGUCUUUGAUUUUAUGGGGAGAAGGUUCUUCAAAUUCUUGGAUUCUGUGUUUCUCUCCCCAGAGCCGUGCUGGGUGGUUUCAGAAGGCGUGAGCUCUUUGUCCUCCACAUCUGCUCUCUGGCUCUGCUCCACUGUGGCCGUGGUGGCAGGCAGGGAGCUGGUUCGGGCGUGUGGCACCUGUGCGGUGGCAGCAGGGAGGGCAGGGCAGCAGCAAGACCGUGUACAAGGCCGCGCUGUGCUCGGGUUUCCUCUCAUCUCUCUGGGCAGAGCUGGGUUGCCCUCACGCUGGAAGCUGAGGGCCUUUCCCUAUUCUCAGCUGAGCACCCCCAUAGCAGCCAGCAGCCCUCCAGUGUCCCGGACGCAAACACAGUGUGGUCAGGGCCGGUGCUUUGCUUUCUGA